UGUGGAGUUCAAAACACUAAAAAUGGCGGCAUACACAUGAAAAGUGAAAUUUGUUUGUUUUGGUGAUUGUUUUGGUCGCAUUUUAAAGGAAUUUUUGCCCAAACAAGCUAGUUGUACAGCUACAGGAAGAUGACGUCGUCCCGUGAGGACUCGAUGAGUGCAGAAGACCUGAGGCAGCAGCUGUUUCACACCUUCAGGGAGAGAGGCCUGCUCGACUCUCUAAAGAGUCAGCUCAGGAACAAGCUGAUCACAGAGCUGCGGUCCAGCGGACGCUCCGAGCAGGUCCUUCGGCCGGUUGAUGUUCCAGAGGGAGGGACGCUGCUGCAUAGAGCAGCCAACAGCCUGGUGGCCGACCACCUGCAGAUGUGCAGCUACGACUACUCACUGUCAGUCUUCCUGCCAGAAUGUGGGAUUUCAAGGGAUCAGUUGCUGACCACAAGGGACCUUCUACAACUCCUACGAGUCAAUCCUCAGUCAAAAGUCCACAAGUCGUUGACUGGAAAGCUAGCUGGUUCUUCCAAAGGUUUCCUGUGGCAGCUGUUGUGUGAGCUGACCUCUGCCCUCCCCCAGGGGUUACCUGAGGACAUCGGGUGCCAGACAGACGCUGCAACUCUACCUCCCGCAGCUUCUCUCAAUGACAAGUUGCGUUCAGUCGAUGAGCGGUUCUCCGUACAGCGUGAACAGCUGGCGGCCAGCAGUGCGCUGACCAUCGAGGACAGGAUGCUGUCCUACCAACGCAAGGUCGACGAGCGCGCAAGGUCACAGGUCAAGCAGGAGGUUGCCCACUUCAAGGAAACAGAGCUGGUUAAGAUGAGACUGGAGGAGAAGGAGAAGACAAGAAGGGAGACAGAUGCAAUAAGGAGGGAGUUGGAGCAGGAAUACCGUAACAAGUCAGACGCUCUGCUGGCUCGGGAGAGGAAUGCAAUUGAGAGACUGCAGAAGCAACAAGAGAUCCAGGAUAAGGAGCUGCAUGCCCAGAGACAGGCGAUACUGGAGGAACUGGAGACAGUACGGGGCAGGGAGGCUCAGGUCAGGAGGGAGGCGGAGGUGAAUGACAGAGCUGUACAGAUUGAGCAGGACAAGAUGAGGAGUCUAGAAGAGAACGUCCACCGGCGUGAGGAGGCUGUGAAGAAUAUAGAGGAGACGUACGAGAAAAGGCUGAACAAUGAGAUGAUGAAGUGA